AUGAAUGCGAUCCGCCAAAUUGAAGCUCUCAAUAAAACAGAGCUCGAGAACGCAGUAUCUCCAGAAGCUUCCUGGCAUGCUGACUACCGCGAUACGGCUUACAUCUAUAUCGGAGGCCUCCCGUUUGACAUCAGUGAAGGCGAUAUUCUAACAAUAUUCUCUCAAUACGGCAACCCAGUCCAUUUAAACCUAGUUCGAGACAAAGAGACAGGAAAGAGUCGAGGGUUCGCGUUUCUUAAAUAUGAAGACCAGCGAAGCACAGAUCUAGCUGUGGAUAAUCUAGGAGGUGCAACGGUGCUCGGCAGGUUGCUUAGAGUGGACCAUGUGCGGUAUAAAAGACGUGAGGAAGAAGGGACGGAGGAUAACCUUGCGAAUGUGGACGAGAAUGGGGAGGCGGUGACUAGGGAGAGAGAUGGAGAAGAGAAGGGAGGAGAGGAGAAGGGCAGCCGAAGGAAAUCGAGAAGGGACGAAUCUGAGGAACCGAAAAGACCGGCUCGACAGCUGUUGAAGGAGGAAGUGGAGCUACAGCGGUUGAUGGAUGAGCAUGACGAUGAAGAUCCGAUGAAGGAGUACCUUGUCAAAGAGAAGAAAGAGGAAGUUGAGAAUGCGCUGGCACUGGUGAAGGUGAAGUCAAAGUCAAAGUCGAAAGAAGACCUAGUGAGGAACGAUCACGCUCUAGGGAAAAACGCUCACCACACAGGAGCAGAAGGGAGAGAUCUAGGGAACGGUCAAGUGAACGGAGACACCGUCGAGAAAGACGGGAUCGGAGUUGAAUAUUCUAAUUCUAUCCUGCCCUAA